AUGGCGGGUCUCGAUGAUGGCGGCCGGUGGUGGUUGUCUGCGAGAGGCGGCGGAUCUCGGUGGUUGACUGCAUUUGGCAGUUGGAAUGCGUUUGGAAGUCGACGGUUAUCUCGUGUGCCGGUGUCGGGUGGUGCGCGCCGGUCGCCGGUUGCUAUCGGACGAGUCGGCUUCACCGGAUACGAACUGCGGCGGCCGGUAGAAGGGCAGAGACGGGGGAUUCUCCGGCGCGAUGACGGCGACAGAUUUAAUUGCUGUGGUCAGUUGACGAUGGUCGGCGGCGGACUUCAUGGAGGUGGUAGGGAUUCCACUCUCCGACGUUCCGCAGCGUCACCGACGGUGGAGGUUCUAAAGCUUUGUCCGGAUUGUGAUGGCGGUCGCCGACGGGAGCGUGGAGGAUGCGGCAGGCAGUGA